GUCAGUCUGUGGCCACCGGCGGGAUGAGGAUGACAUCAGUGUUGCUACUGACAGCCAGACGACUUCUUCAACGAAACUAAAUGUCUAUGGAUAAAUCUAUAACAUAGAAAGACUAAAACAUUGGAAUGACAUAAGCGAGUUAUUUUCAUAACUUUCAACAAUAAUCCCAGAAAAAGAACACAUAUAUAUACAUAUAUACACAUAUAUAUACAUACAUAUAUAUAUAUAUACGUAUAUCUUAAAACAUGAAUAGCCGUCUGAAGUAGGAUAUUUUGCAGGAAAAGACCAAAAGUAAAAGAAUAAAAAUAUGAACGAAAAAUUAUAAUAAUGGAUGGAUUAUUGGCGUGUAUUUUUGUAGGCCUCUGAAAAUAUUCCAAUGUGAUUGUUUUACCAUAGGAUGAACGAUAUAUGGGAUAAAAAUUAUAUUGGAAAUUUUCAAACAAGUUUUCUGCAACAAUUCUGUAUAUUAGGAUAUAUUUACCUACUAAUCAAGGCACCAAUAUUAUCUCUCGUUCUUAUUAGUCUUUUCAAUUUGCAAUUGUACAUUUCUAAAGAAAACGCAAUGAGGAAUUUCAUAUUUACAUCAAGUUAUUACAUUCAUCUCCUAACUUGAAAGCUAUAAAUGUUGAGCAGGAUGCAUUUCAUAAUGCCUACUGGUGCUUUGACGCAGUCAAAAUGUGGGCCUGUGCUAUUUAAAUUUAAACUUAAUAAUUCUUCAAAAUCAAGAAAUCAACUCUUAAAUUGGAUUUUACCUGAGUGUGUCUGCGUUUUGCGGAGGGCUCUGGCAACAUAGUGGACUGCCAACCCUCCUAUUUCGGAAAACCUCGGGAUGAUUUAAAGAUCCCUGGUCAAGAUGGUUUUCCAUAAAAUGAAGCCAUGGUAUAACUGGUAACUGGAACUAUAUUACUAUUCUGUGUCAAGAUGUCACCAGGUAAAAGAAAAAAGAAAGAAAACCUGAGUCAAGAGAAAGACGACUCUGAGGGAAAGUCUGCCACUGUAGACAAGGAAGCCAGCAUCAUUCAAGACAACCCAGAGAUCUCGGCUAUGCUUAAAGAAAAUGCAAGUGCAGUGGCAGCUGGUGGAGGAACUAUAAACCAUGAUAUUAAUGGUACCAAUACAAUAAAAUGUGAGGCAGUUGAUAUAAAAGAGGAAAUGAAAGAUGUCAUUCCAAAAUCCAAAGAUGGUGGGACCCCAGCCAGUACUAAGGCAUCUCCUAACUCACUCACCAAUGGCAGUAAUACCGAUACUCAGAUUAAAACUGAAGAGUUGCCCCCAAAGAUUAAACAAGAGAAUUCUGAAAGUGCAGAAAACAUUGGUCGGUCACCUGGCUCUAAUGACCUAUCAAGGACUCCAUCAACGACAGUGGGCCCCCCAACCACACAAACUCUCCCUGUUCCCUCACAGACUCAAUGUACAAACUCUGGUGCACCCCAACCACUGUCAGUUGGCAACAGCUCCAAAGCUGCCCAGCCCAACUGCCCUAAUCCUCAGGGACAGGUACAUCCUCAAAUUGCACCACAAUGUGGUCCAGGACAAGGCCCGCCUUUGGGCCAAACACCCCCACAACAAUCUCCUGGAAUGCCCCAUCCUAGUAUGGUUUCUCCUAACCAUCAACAGCAUCAGUCAACAGGUCCAAUUGAUGCACAUUUUAUGCAGCAACAUAGUCAAAUAUUUGUUUUUAAUACGAGUUUAGCCAACCAAGCUGCAGAUUCUUACCGCCAAGGUCAGCAUAAAUCCAUUUUAGCAUUUCAUAUGGAUCAACCAAGAACAAAGCAAUUUUUACAGAAAUUUCCUCCAAAAGGCAACCAAUUUAACAGACCUCCAGGCGGAAUGAACAUGUAUAAUAUGGCCAAUAUGCACCAACAAAACAUGGGUUGUAUAAAGAAUACAAACAUGAACAAUAUGGGGCCCAGCCCUAAUUCAUUAGUAGCUCAGUGGGUGCAACAACAGAAUGCUAACCUCCAGGAGCAAGAAUUCCUUAAUUACUCAAACAACCCAAACAUGAUGGGUCAAGGUCAAGGUGGAAUGAUGCCUUGGCAGGUUCCACCAGGUCAUUCUUCACAGGGACAGGUGGGAAUGUUACCGGAUAAUUCAGGGUUUGAUCCUGAGCCCUACCGCAUGUGUAGUAAAGGUCUUCCUCUCCCACAUCGAAAUUUACUGCAAGCAAAAGUUCCUGAUGACAAACUCACUCCGGAACAAUUGCAGAAGAGAGAGGAAUCAUUGGCUUCCCUUCAGAAAUUGCAGCUGUUAUUAUUUCCUGAAGAACUAAAGCAGCAGAGAGGAUUCCCUCCGGGGGCUAACAUGAUACCUCCGGAGGGAAUGCAGCAUCCUCCAAAUAUGUUCCCUCUAAGCAUGUCUCCACAUGAGAUGUCACCGCAGUCAGCUAUGAUGCAACAACAGCAGCAGCAGCAGCAGCAGCAGCAGCAACAACAACAACAGCAACAGCAGCAACAGCAACAGGGACUUAUGCCACAGCAACCUCUUCCGUCGCAGCACAUGAUGCAGCAUCACCAGUUUAUGAUGCAACAACAGAACAUGCCGCCUCAGUUUAGCCCCCAACCGGGCAACAUAGAAAACAUUACGACGGCGCAGCGGGAAUGGGUUCGCUUACAGCAGGAAUUUUAUGCUGAGAAAAGAAGAAUGCAGCACAUGCAAAUGGCUCAACAGAUGAACCCUGGUAUGGAAAUGCCCCCUAAUUCAAUGCAUGCGUCCCCCCCUUCGUAUUACAGUUCCAUCUCACAAAAACGACAAGGAGUCGCUGGUUUAAAUGCAUCUACCUCACCUAACAUGAAUGGACCAAUGCUGUCUCCCCCUCUAUCUGGCCACGGCCAUCCUGAAUCUCCUGAUCCUAUGCAUUUAUUCCCUGGUCCUCGACGGGCCCCUUCAUUGAGCUCCCUAGAGCAGGUUGGACUUGGAAGAAUGGGUCACGGCUUCUCUCCUGGGCUUCCACCAACUGGAAAUAUGGAGCACCCUGUGGGUCACGUGUCUCCAGUUGGCCUGAACUCGCAAUUUAACAUGCCUCCUUCGGCUAAACAAAAUUCAAAUCUGACCCUACAGAGAGCUGGUAACCCAGAACAGUUUCAGCCUGAAAUGAAUGCCCCUCCAAAUUCCGGUAGCAAACCUCCUCCUAGCUAUGCACAGUCAACAAAACGAAAACGGGAAGAUAUGGAUGAGAUUUACAAGAACCUGCAACCGACUCCAUCACCUCAACAGCUAAAUUACCUCAACGCAUUCGAAGGACAAGAAUUAACGAUAACAAAACAGUUAAAUACAGCAUAUCGAGAACCAAGCCAAACAGGAAAUUCACAACAACCACCAACACCACAACAACAACAACAGCAGCAACAACAACAACAACCAUCGCAACAGCAGCAGCAGCAACAACAACCAUCACAACAGCCACAAGCAAGUAUACCACCACACCCACAUCAACAACCGGGUGGUAUGCCUCCUCAUCAGCAAGCACCACAACAACCGCAGCAGCAACAACAACCGCAAGCAAAUAUUCCUCCACAAGCAAACAUGCCACCCCAUCAACCAGGCAUGCCUCCCCAUCCUCAUCCUCCUCAGCAGCAACCACAACAACCAGGUAUGCCCCCACAUCCAGCAUCACAACAACCAGGCAUGCCAUCCCACCACCAACCACAUCCAAACAUGCCCCCUCAUCAACAUCAUUCUGGUUUACCGCCACACCAAUCGCCUAUGUCUUCUCAAGCACCGCAGUCUAGUAUGGCCUCGCAUCACCCUCAACCCCCGGGUAUGUCCCCACAUCCGCAGCCACCAUCCAACAUGGCCACCCAUCAGUCGGCGAUGAACUCCCAUCAGAACAGUAUACCUCCACAUCCACAACCACCCACGGUGUCCGCACCACAUCAUCAACCUGGCGUAUCGCCACAUCACCCUUCAGUCGGUCUGCCGCAACAUCAACAGCCACAAGCUGGUGUCGCUACUGCUGCCCCACCUCAUCCACCCGGAGUCCCCCACCAACCAGGUGUACCACCCCAUCAACAGUCAAGUAUGAGCAACCAAGGAAUUAGUUCCCAGCAACCCAUCUCAUCACAACAGCAGGGAACGUCUCAACAGCAGAACAUGCAUUCUCAAGCGCAAGCUAUGCCUCCACACGGCAUGUCACCCCAACAGGGCAUACCGCCACACGGCAUGUCGCCUCAACAAGGUAUGCCUCCACACGGUAUGUCACCCCAGCAGGGCAUACCUCCACACGGUAUGUCACCCCAGCAGGGCAUACCUCCACACGGUAUGUCACCACAGCAAGGCAUACCUCCACAUGGUAUGUCACCACAGCAGGGCAUACCUCCACACGGUAUGUCACCCCAACAAGGCAUGCCUCCACAUGGUAUGUCGCCCCAGCAGGGCAUGCCUCCUGGCAUGUCACCUCAGCAAGGCUUGCCUCCACAUGGUAUGUCACCUCAACAGGGAAUACCACCGCACGGAAUGUCUCCACAGCAAGGCAUACCUCCACAUGGUAUCAGUCAGAGCAUGGCAUCUCAACAACAUGGCAUUCCCCCACAUGCUAUCCCUCCACAGCAACCAGGCAUGCCUACUGAAACUCAGAGUGGUAACUUCCCUCAUAGCCAAGUCAACUCUCCAAUGCAUAUAGCACCAGGCUCCAACAAAGGCCCCAUGUCCAAUUCCAGCCAAUCUUCCAGCGUUGGUCCUUUGUCCAGUCCCGGUCCGAUGUCUGGACCCUCACCAAUGUCCAGUGGUGGGAUGCGUUUGUCUCAUUAUGAUCCACCCUCAAUAAACUGUAGCUCGAACAUAUCAACUGGGGGCACCAGUACAUCCAGCAGCGUGUGUUCUGCUGCUGGUAACAAAUCUGGCAACAUGACGAAUAUCACUUCGGCCAGCCUAGCAAACCUUGCAAAGGGCGUUGAACACUUGUCACAUCAGAUGCAGCAAAACAUGAUGCAAGGAGGUCCAUUUCAUAGCAUACAGAUACAAGGUAAUGUUAGCAACCAACAGAAUUCUACAAGCACCUCACAGCCAUCUACUCCAUCUAAUCUACCUACUUCUCAAAGCCAGUGUAACAGCCCGAUGCCAUCAAACACAGUCGUGCGCCCAGGACAAGGUUCUGUGACGCCAGAUACAAUGGCACAAGGUCAGAUGCCUGGAGUUAAUAACACUUUCAUUAAUGCUAAUAUGCAGAUACAACAGCUGAAUAUACAAUCUGUUGACGGGCCUAGCUAUAGUCCUUCUAUGCAGGUCCAGCAAGUUCCUAAUGAAUCUUCCCAAAUGAACAUGGGACAAGUAUCUGCGCAGAGGUCGUCAGGGCCUCUGCCACCACAACAAGGUUGUGCUGGUCCAGUUCCAACAUCUGUGAACCCUAAUGCAGGAAUGUUACCAAAUGCCAGUGGGCAUCCUCCCACGAGCAAACAAUCGAACUCCAAGUCAGGGAACCCUCCAAACCUCAUGAUCAACUCAAAUUCACGCAUGACACAUUCACCAAACUUUCCUGCAAAUUCUGUUGGCAACGCCAAUAUCCAAAUCCAAGCUAAAGCCCCCAACACCAUCCAAUAUCUGCCAGCACAACCUGUUCAGAAUUCACAGAAUAUGAAUACUAAGCAGCAGCGGCCGGAUUUAGACUUCAUGCAAAAGCUGGCCUCACCGGGUCACACUUUAGACUGUAAACCACCUCAAAAUAAAAUGCCACGUUUUUCAGGACCUUCUUUAGGAGAAAUAAGACCUGGUAUGCCCAACCAUUCUCUAGGUAUGCCUCCAUCCCUAAUGAUGCAGAACCCUAAUCCUAACAUGGUUGGUAAUAUGCCCAGUGGUGGUAUGGCCAGUCCAGUGCAUAUGUCUCCCAUGAACAAUCCAAUGGGAGCUCUUCCUGGUAACAUGGGUCCUUGUGAUAUGAUAGCCCCUGGAAUGGGUGGACCCAUGCCCAAUAUGGGCGCAAUGAAUGGUAUGAAUCCUGGUGGGGGUAAUGUAUGUGGAGGAAUGCCUCCUCAUGGCAUGGAAGGCAGUAUGCCUCCCCAUGGCAUGCCCCACCAGUUUAACCCCCAGAUGAUGGGUGGAGGUCCACCUGGUAUGAUGAACAAUGGAAUGAUGCAGGGGCAACAGAUAAUGCAAGGUCAUGGUAUGCAUCCAGCCAUGUCUAUGCAUGGAAUGCCUCACCCAGCCAUGCAGCGAGGCCCACGUAUGACUGCGCCACCAAACGGCCCACCACAGGGGCCAGGAUCAAAUCCUGUUAGCCCUGGUUUUAGCCAACAGUUUCAACAGUUUCAGCAACAGCUUUACUCACAAAACCGCCCACGUCAAAUGUCCCCCAUGGGUAACAUGAUGCCCAACCCUGGCCAGCAAUACAUGGGCGUGAUGCCUAAUAUGCCUGGUCCCACUUGAAGAGGUUCUUUCGGUUAUUUAGUGGUGCCUAAUAAUGGAAUUAUCACUUGUUGAUAUGAGGGAAAACAAAAAUAGAAAAUAGAGGCUGGAUUGAUUUUUUUUUGCCUGCGUCAAGCAACUAUUUGUGUUACUAAUAAUCGCAGAAGCAGAAGAAUCAAGCUCUGUGGGUUGUUAUCAACUCCCAAAGGGCCAGUGGAAACCAACAUAGAUGGUUCCUGACCAGCCUCACCCCUCAGCUUUUACCCUAGAUUAAAUCUUAAUGGAUCCAAAGCUGCUACAGUUCUAGACAUUUCAUGGAAUACAGUCUGACAUUUCGUUAGUCCAUUCUUCACCUGACCUCUUUUUUUUUUUUUUUUUUGUAUAUUUCCCCCCAUCCCAG